AUGGCUGAAACGACCAUUUAUUGGUGCUCGCUGAACGGAAACAGGACUACUACGGACCGAUGCCAAUGUUACCCUGACUGCUCGAUUAAAGCCUCAAACGGCUGCCGCUACUCGAUUAAAGCCUCAAACGGCUGCCGCUACUCUCGCACUGGCCCGAAAGGGCUGCCACUGCCGGGACUCAGGCUACCACUAACGACUGCAACUCGAGCACCGCUGCCCUCUGUUCGGACUGAGCGACCUCUCGACGACGCGUGGCUGCUGCUGAACGGACGGAAACGGGCUCUCGAGGACAUCUCGGCUGUGUGCCGGCCCUCGCCGGAAAUGGGUACGACCUCGCCGCUGGUGGCACUCGUCCUGCCGGAGAUUGCUAAUUGGUCGCACACACAGUACGCCGGCGAAAGGCUCGCAAACAGAGGAAGAGGGUCGUCGCUCUUCUUCUCGCAGGAAAUCUGGUGGCCUGCCUCGCCGCCGAGAAAUCUCAUCAGAAAAAUAGGGCUUCUUUUCGGAAUUGCUCGGCCAUGA